AGAGCUUGAGAUUCAGCGCGAUUGGAGUGAACUGAAGAAUGAAGGAGGAGCGUGUUUGCUCGACUUAUACGCACAGUGUUAGGAAUCUUUAAGCUGAUCUCCGUCUCCGACGAUUCAACCGGCGACGACGAACAGUUCGUGAAGUUUGGCGAGACUGUUAACUACGGUAGAAAUUGCAAGGGAUGCACAGUCUGGAGAAAGUGCACGAUGAUUCUGCCAACAAGGACAGCAAAGUCUCUGCUGAAUUGGAGCCUUCUAUUAGUCCAAAUGGUGAUAUCGAGGAAGAAAAUGAGAUUGCAAAUAUGAAUUUGGGAGACUCUAAUGCUCUAGCAAAUGGGCUCUCUUCCAUGCUUAUGAACAUCAUGAGGGAUUUUGACUCCAAAGCUGAUGAUACUCUUAAAAGCCAAAGCCAGCUUUCAUUUUCCCUUGACCGACUUACUUCAGAACUGGAUCAAUUACUUGAAGAUGCUCCUUUUCCAUUCAUCAUGCAGCAUGCCUUGAGGAUUUCUAGUGUAAGAAAGAGAGUGUUGUCUCUAAAUUCCAUCUUAAGAUCCGUACAACGAAGAGUAGAUAACAUAGAUCGGGCGAUCUCGAUGAGUAAUUUACCAGAUAUUCGUUCCUCUCAAAGUUCCUCGCAACCUCAUAAUGGUUGAUCACGUCGGGAAUUUCAACUAUUUAUUUAAUUGAUACAAAUUGGGACUCAGAUCUCGCAGAUAUUUCGAUGAUGGUACGUAGCUGCAGCAUGCGUCCGAAGGUUUUGACGACUGUGUGCAUCCUUUUACUGCCCCCACCCCUCCAUUUUGACUACUAUGCUUGGAAAUACUGUGAUAGAAAAACUAUUUGUGAGUAAGAGUUCUGUUUCUGAAAUCAGGUGGUUCUUGCAGAUUAUUUUAACCUGUAAGUUGCUGUGUUCUGUUUUGUUUUUAGGAGAGUUUCUUAUUAAAAUAAGAAUUUUCAAAUGAUCGAGUUAUAAUAAAGCGAUUUAAAUAGAAUAGUUUUUAGCUACAAUGGUUACCUA